AUGACUACCCCUACUGUCCUCGCUUUUGACGCUGAGGGUCGAGCCAUAGACUUUGAGGUCUGGGUCGACGACCUCCAGCUGUUCUUACAGUACGAUAGGGUAGACGGUCUUUCUCUCUUUGACCUCACCUCUGGCGCCUCGCCUGCCCCUGCUGCUGAUGCUGACCCCACUGUUCGCUCUCAGUGGGCCACCCGCGAUGCUGCUGCACGUCUUGCUGUGCGUCGCCACCUCCCUACCACUGAGCGCGCGCACUUUAGCCAGUACAAGAGUGCUCAGACCUUGUACGACGCUGUAGUUGCGCGCUACUCUUCCCCUGCCACUGCUGCACUGAGCCGUCUCAUGCUUCCGUACCUCUUUCCUGACCUCACUGCCUUUCCCACUAUCGCUGACCUCAUCACGCACCUCCGCACUAGUGACACCCGCUACCGCGCCGCCCUUCCUGCUGAGUUCUGCGCCAAGAACCCCCCCCCCAUGUACAUCACUCUCUACUACGUUGUCGCUCGCCUCCCUGACUCUCUUCGCGUAGUCAUGGACCACUUUCUCUCAGUCUGUCCCACCACCCUCACUGUCGACCUCCUCGAGAAGGCCCUCCUAGCGGCGGAGAAGAGCAUCGUCGCUGUAGAAGCUUCUCGGGGUGACCCUCGCACUUUCAUCUUUGAGGGGUGCUCUCCUUCCCCCCUGCUGCCCUCUGUUGCCUCUUCUGCUGCUGCCGACCUGCUUGGUCUUGAGUCGGUUGGCGCGGCGUCUGCCCCUAGUGGGAGACGCCGCUCUGGCAAGGGCAAGGGGGGCAAGGGCGCGGGUGGAGCUGGAGGGGGCGGUGGAGGUGGCGGUGGAGGCGGCGGAGGGAGUGGGGGUGGCGGCGGGAGUGGUGGCGGCGGCGGUGGUGGUGGUGGCAGCGGUGGAGGAGGCGGCGGUGGUGGCGGUAGCGGUGGAGGUGGAGGCGGCGGAGGAGGCGGAGGAGGAGGCGGUGGUGGCAGAGGGGGUGGAGCUGGUCGGGGUGGUACCCCGCAGCGGAGCGGCUCUGGGAGUGGUCAGCGCCAGCAGCAGCAGCAGCAGCGUUCGCGGGACAUCCCUCCGCCCCAGCAGCUCCAUAAGUGGUACACGCAGCGUCAGCGGGGUGGGGGUACUGGUCCGUGCACCUACGUCUUUCGUUCCGGCGACCGCGCGGGUGAGCAGUGUGGGGGUGCCCACCCCACCGAGCGCUGCUUUGGCCGCCUGACGGACGCUUGGCGUCAGCAGUUCCCCGAGGCUAGUGAGAUCCCCCGCUGGGGAGAGCUGUCUAGGGCUGGUGUAGCUAUCUUUGAUCUUGACUUUGAUGCUAUCCUUACUGCUCUGUAUGCUGUGACUAUUAGUGAGGAGGGUGACUGUUACCGGUGUUUCCCGCCCGACCCGGGCAUUGGUACUGCUGCGCUCGGUGCUUGUGAGACUGCUGCUCUAGGUGCCAGUGCGUCUGCGCUCUCAGGUACUAGUGAGGCUGCGCUCUCAGGUACUGCGUCGGCUUCGGCCUCCCUCACUUUCACACUUGACUUCGGAGCUUCUCGCUCCUUCUUUCGAGACCGCACCACACUCACGCCGCUUGGUCGGCCGGUUGCAGUCUCCCUGGCUGACCCCUCUGGGGGUCCUGUCCUCUCUCACUUUUCCACUGUCCUCCCGUGUCCGGCUGCCCCCUCGGGCACCCUGUCUGGUCUGUACCUUCCCUCGUUCUCGACGAACUUGGUGAGUGGUGCGGACCUGCAGGAUGCGGGGGUUCACCAGUUCACUCCUACGAGUCAGCGGGUGACCCACUGCACGGACGCAUGCACAGGCCGGCACCUGGCCACGUUCUCGCGUCGGCCGGGGUCGAGCCUCUACACCCUGACCACUGAGUCUCCUCCUGUCCCUGCGUCUGGUCAGGUAGCUGCGUCAGGUCAGGUGUUUGCUGCUGCGUCCCGGUCUGUCCCUGAGUCUGCCCCCUGUUCGUGUCGCCUCCUGUCUCACGAGACUCUCCUGUGGCACCACCGUCUUGGCCACCCCUCCUUGCCCUGUCUUCGGGGCAUGGCUUCCCGUAUCCUUGUCUCUGGUCUUCCCCAGUCUCUCCCUCCCCUUCCUUCGGGACCAGGACCUUCCUGUGUCCCCUGUGUCGAGGGGCGCCUCAGGGCUGCUCCUCACUCCUCCCAGUUUCCCCCGACAGAGGCUCCUCUGCAGACACUUCACAUGGACGUGUGGGGCCCGGCCCCCGUCCGUGGGCAGGGUCACGAGCGCUACUUCCUGUUGGUGGUUGACGACUACUCGCGUUACACCACAGUCUUCCCCUUGAGCAGCAAGGGUGCUGUCACUGAGGUGCUGAUCGACUGGAUCCGCGAGGCUCGUCUCCAGCUCAGGAGGAGCUUCGGCUCGGACUUUCCUGCUCUGCGUCUGCACUCUGACCGAGGUGGGGAGUUCUCCUCUCGCCUUCUGCGAGACUACUGUUGUGCACGGGGGAUCCGCCAGACCUUUACGCUUCCGGACUCUCCACAGCAAAAUGGGAUUGCCGAGCGCCGCAUUGGCAUGGUCAUGGACGUCGCUCGUACGUCCAUGAUGCAUGCGGCUGCCCCCCAUUUUCUGUGGCCGUUUGCGGUUCGGUACGCGGGGCAUCAGCUCAACCUCCACCCCAGGGUCUCUUGGCCCGCGAUGUCCCCAGUCUUGCUGUGGACGGGGAAGGUUGGCGAUGCGUCUGCGUUCCGUGUCUGGGGAUCUCGGGCGUUUGUCCGCGACUUGUCUGCGGACAAGCUGUCCCCUCGUGCUGCUCCCUAUGUCUUCCUUGGCUUCCCCCCUGACGCUCCAGGGUGGCAGUUCUACCACCCCUCCUCUCGUCGUGUUCUGUCCUCCCAGGACGUCACGUUCGAAGAGUCAGUCCCCUUCUACCGCCUCUUCCCUUACCGCACUCCUUCUCUCCCCCCGCCACCGGACUUUCUUGUGCCGACGCAGUUGCCCCGGUCGAGGUUACUGGUGACUCUGGUGCUGCUACGGGUGCUGAGCCUGGGGGUGCUGACUCUGGGGGUGCUGUGGGCGUGGGUGCUGAGCCUGGGGGUGCCGAGCCUGGAGGUGCUGCUAUUGGGGGUGCUGAGCCUAGGGGUGCUACUGCUGAGGGUGCUGAGCCUGGGGGUGCUGAGCCGGGGGGUGCUGUACCUAGAGCUGCUGAGCUAG